CCAACUGCGGGCACAGAGCGGCGGUGGCAGCGCGCCUGCGCAGUGCAUCCAGGGGCUCGGCGGCGUUCGGUGCUGAAGUGGGGCGGAUGGCAGAAAAACAGCGGCGAUGGACUUUACACCGCGGGAUUCCCAUUUACGAUGUCGUUAAAUAAGCAUCGGGACGUCGCUUUUUCACACCUAUCAUCCUAGGACACUGACAGCCCACCGCAAAGGGAUGCUGUACUCUCAAUGCUCCCUACACCCUCAAGUCCAUAAAUGACCCUUUCACAGAGUUCUGAGGAAGCUUAGGGGUGCCGGUGAGAGAAGCAGAAGUAGCGAGUGAAGUAAGGAAACGAGGGGAGGAAGUGGUCGCAUUUCACCUCAGCUCUCGUGUCCCUUUCUGUGCCAGUUGGUCAGGGAUGGUGAUACCAGUAACCUCCCUGCCCUGUGGUGAAAACAACCUCUUCGCCUUGCCCCAAAUCUCCUGCAAGCCAGAAAGACACUCAGACAGCCCCCCAGUCAGUCACUUCGUCAACCAGCCUGCUAGCAUCCAGCAACCUAUUACCUCAUGCCAUGACUGCUCUGUCUGACCUGUGUUUAGGAACUCACUAAUUCAUGCCCCGGAGUGUGAGUGGAGUGGAGAUGAGAAAAAGGCAGGCGGCUCAUAUUGAGGCCCCACCCCAGGCCCCUGGACAGCCCCGACCCAACACCUGCUGCCUCUGCUGGUGUGGCUGCUGCAAGUGUCUCUGGAACGAAGACAGAAUGGAGAGGAGUGAACGACAGACCUGCACCAAGAUGGACAGUAUUGAAGCUACUGAAGAACAACGCCCUAGCCUAGAGGAGGUGUUGUCGUGGGCACGGAGCUUUGAGAUGAUGCUGCGCUCGCUGGAGGGCCGGGAGGUUUUCAGGCAGUUCCUGCGUUCUGAGUACAGCGAGGACAACCUGCUUUUCUGGUUGGCCUGUGAAGAGCUGAAAAAGGAGACGGAUCCCACAGCGGUUGAUGAGAAGGCCAGGAUCAUAUAUGAAGAUUAUGUGUCCAUAUUAUCACCCAAAGAGGUGAGUCUGGACUCACGGGUCAGAGAAGGAAUAAACCAGAGCCUGGCGGAGCCGAGCAACCUGAUGUACGAGGAGGCCCAACUCCAGAUCUACACCCUGAUGCACCGGGACUCCUUCCCCCGUUUCCUCAACUCCUCUGUUUACAGAGACCUCCUGGCCAGCAGGAGGCGCACCUGCCUCGACACCUAGUCCCCCCCAGCCUCCAUCAUCGCCAUCAAACGCCAACAAGACUACUACUUAAACUUCAAAUACUACUAUGGUGCCAGAAGUCGGGUUUGGAAAAAUCUCUCCCUCGUUUUUGGUUGAAAAGGCUGAGUGACAUCCGAGAUAGCUGGUUAUUAGUUUUUUUUAUUUAUAUUUUUUAAGCAAUUUAUAUCCAGUUCUCUGCUGGAGCUAGGUCAGCCUUUGCUGGUUGGUUAUUGGUCAGUUUUAGACCAUUAAUGCUGGCCAGUGAUUGUUUUGCUAGCAAUUUGUGCUUUUUGUUAUGGUUGACUGGCCAACCCACGUAUCAGCUAUCAGUUGAGAUGGCCAACCUAGUGGCCCGCUGUUGGUUAACUGUGGACAAAGACUCCUGAGGAGGUGGGAACAGAGUGCGAGAGAGAGAGACAAAAAGGACAAGCCCACUGUUCCUGUACUGUAAAAUUUUAGACCUCAUGCUUUUUACCCUCACUUAGUGAUAUUCUCUGUCUUUACUCAUUCUUUUUAACAAUUUUUUAGUUUUUCCAAGUCUGUCCCAUUCCUCAGAUGUCUUUCAUUUAAUUUUGCUUUUCAUUCUUUCACUGUCCAAACAUGACACCUAUCUGUCGGUGGGAUUUAGGGCAUUUUUUUGCCCUUUUAACCAGUAGACACACUGGCUCUGCAUGCAGCUCUCUCUCACUAUGAUCGCUUGAUGAUAUAAGCCGCGGACUGCAACUGUUUUUGAAUAUUAAGAGGUAUUUAAGGGGGGCGGGGAGGACUGUAUCUCUGUUUGGCUGUCUGUGUUCAGUGAUGGGAAAAAGUAAACUUCUGACAUCUUUAGGCUUACUGCAGUAUUUUUAUCGAGGAGAUUUGAAGGCGUCUGCAGCACGUGCAGCACCUACUCAUUUAUCCACCUGUCCAUCCAAUCCAUCCGUCCAUCCAAGCACUUUCCUUCUUUAGGAUUCGUUAACUGGGAGAAGUAAGGGCUAGAAUUGUGGUUGGGCAGCUACAUCUAUUAUUAUUAUUACUCAUGAACUUUAGACAAAAAAAAUCUCUCCACUGAGAAAAUCACAAUGCCUUUACAUGCAGGAAAAGGCAGCACAAGUGCUGCUGGAGGUUUUCUGGAAAGCAACCACAGUUUGUCCACCAAUCCCUACCUCCCAUUUUUUUUUUUUUUUUACCCUCGUUUCCCUCCCUCCUCCUCCUCCUCCCUCCAGUUCAGACCAUCAAGGCCUGACAAGCACAGGUGCCCAGUCUAGGGGAAAAAACGCAGCUGGAGAAAAACAAACAAACAAAAAAAUACAUUGAAUCCAAAUAAAUAGUCAUCUACAUUUUUAAAUUCUUGAGCAGAAAAAGAGGGCUUACCUUGUAG